AUGAAGAAAGCUAUAAAGAAGGUGCUUCCAAACGCGGCUCACCGUCUGUACAGUUGGCAUAUAGAAAAAAAUGCAGGCCAAUACGUGGGUAACAAACAAUUUCUCCAGGCCUUCAAGACAUGCAUGUUCAUGAAUUGCUCACAGGACCAAUUUGAGUUUGAGUGGGCUAGCAUGGUAAGCAAACUUCAUCUGGGGAACAAUGAAUGGGUUAAAAAAAUUCAUAAGAAGAAAGAGCAAUGGGCAGUUGCAUACUUGAGGGGCAACUUCUUUGCUGGUAUGCGCAGCACUCAGCGAUGCGAGAAGAUGAAUGAUGUAUUGAAAAUGUACUUAAAGCCAGAGUUUAAACUUUUUGAAUUUGUUCGAGCGUUUGAUUUGGCAAUUUCCUGGCUAAGGACUGAGGAGGCUCGGAACGAAACUAAUACCCAACAUACAACCCUGCUGCCAAUUACGGAACUACAUUGUUUAGAGAACCAUGCAGCGGAAGUUUUUAGUAGACGAAUCUUCUUGAUGGUUAGAGAGCAAUUGAAGAGCCAGGGAAUAUACUACCGAGUCGAUGGCAUUGAUGAUGGUGUUCAAUGUGUCCACAUGAUUUCACAUUCUUACAGCGGUUCAGAGUGGAGGGUGCAGUACAAUAGGCAUAGUGGAGAGAUGAGGUACUCGUGCAUGAGGAUGGAGAGUCUAGGCCUACCGUGUGGCCAUAUGUUUAGGAUAAUGGUGUUCGAGGGAAUGAGAAAAAUUCCAGAUAGUUGUAUAAUGAAAAGGUGGAGUCGCAUAGCAAGGGAUAGCAUUGGAGGAGAUUGGGAAGGACAGCCUCCCGAUACGGAAAACCUAGAGAUGGGCAGGUAUGCUGCACUGGUUGGAGCAUGUAAUAGUUGGUGCUACUAUGCUGCCAAAUCAUCUGCGGGAUUCAAGCUUGCCAUGGGAGUGAUUCAUAGGGAGACAAACCAUGCAAGAUCAUUGUGUAUGGCGAAGGCAACAGAUGCAGCUACCCUGUUAAAGCACGAAGCAGGUGGGCAACGGGGCUGCAAAUUUGGAGUGCUUGAUCCUUUGAUUUGUAGAGCAAAGGGCGAUCACCAGACGAAAGAAAAAGGCAGACUGAGCAAUAAAAAGUGUGGAAACUGUGGGUCAAGAGAUGGGCACAAUAGGAGGACAUGCAAUUCCAGCCCAAAGAACACGGCAUGGCAUGAGAUAACAGGUGCAUCCUACGAUGGCGAGCAUGGUUGGACCGCAGAUGAAGAUGCUGGUUCCAGGCAUCAAAGUAUCAUAUCUCAUUACGAGGUUCGAGUCUGUUCACUUUCGGAGGGGCAAUGCGGCAGCUUGAUUCAGCAGCCUUCGUAUGAAUGGAACCAGAAGGGUUUUGCUGGUGUGCAGGAAGGGAGAUGUAAUGAACUAGAUGCAAUGGAUGCAUUGGAACUUGCCGAAUGGUGA